CCGGAGCCGGAGCCGGAGCCGGAGCCGAGGGGAGCCGUGGUUUGAAUCCCAGCGGAGCCGGGGAGCGGGCGGCGAGCCCCGCCAUGGCCCGGAACACGCUGUCCUCACGCUUUCGCCGGGUGGACAUUGACGAGUUUGACGAGAACAAAUUCGUGGACGAACAGGAGGAGGCGGCAGCGGCGGCAGCCGAGCCAGGCCCGGAUCCGAGCGAGGUGGACGGGCUCCUACGGCAAGGGGACAUGCUUCGGGCCUUCCACGCCGCCUUGCGGAACUCUCCUGUCAACACCAAGAACCAAGCUGUGAAGGAGCGAGCCCAGGGUGUGGUGCUGAAAGUGCUUACCAAUUUUAAGAGCAGUGAAAUCGAGCAGGCUGUGCAGUCCCUGGACAGAAAUGGCAUUGACUUGUUAAUGAAGUACAUUUAUAAAGGGUUUGAGAAGCCCACAGAAAACAGCAGCGCAAUGUUACUCCAGUGGCAUGAAAAGGCAUUAGCAGUAGGAGGACUGGGCUCCAUUAUAAGAGUUCUUACAGCAAGAAAGACUGUUUAAAACCAAGACUCGUGUCACCUGGAGAAGACCUUUGGACGCACAGGCUGGUGAAGAAGGGCUUGACCACGGACCGUCUUCUGAGGAACUCCAAGUGAGCUAUUCAGGACCCGUGUCUGCUGGGAUGGAUUUUUUUUUUCAAGGUGGAGGGAGAAAUUGUCCUACUGUUGGGUGAACCCUUUGCAGGAUCUGAUAGUCUUUGUCUACGAGUAACGCGGAAGGGACGUUUUCUGCCUGUACCAGAGUGGUAGCCAGCCAUGUCAGGUGUGCUUGGGGAAACGGGGGCCAUCCCAGGGUUGUGAUAAAGGGAGCACGUGUUUCUGUGACGUGAGAAAGCCCGAGGGUCUGUACAGUCCUCCCGCCCUCCCCAGAAAGCAGCCUCUCUCGGGCUCAUUGUAAAGUGCCUGCUGCAUCAAUAAAGCUCUUGGCUUAUUAGUAUCCA